AUGUGCGUCACAGACGUCGUGCAUUACAUGUGCGGCAUUUGCAACGCCCGCCUCGGCAAGCCGUGGCGCCGAACCUUCGAGCGGUGCUCGGCCGCCCGCGCCGCCGCGUCCCCCCAUUGCGGCCUCCUCUACGACCCGGUCCCGGAUCCCGCUCGUUCAGACCCGGCGCUCGACUCCUCCGGGCUCGAGUUCGAGGUUCUCAAGACCGCGCCGGGGUACACCCUCAUCGAGCCCCAGCACCGUCGGCCGAGGCCAAAGGUGGUCCGCUGCGAGCUCUGCGUGGAGCACCUCGGCGAAAAAGAGGCCAAGGCCAGGGAGAAGUGGUGGAGGGCCGAGAUCAGGGCGUCAGCGGGCACGCGCAGGGAGAAGAGGGCCGCUCCGGGGCCGUCGACGGCGGGAUGGUGCGAUGUUCUUCGAUGA